AUGAAUUUCUUGAUUACUGGAAUGCGAUCUAACAACCUUAAUUUUCAUUCUGCAACAAGAAUGUCAAUAAGAGCAAUGUCAAACUAUACUCGCUUGGCAACAGGAACACCAUUCACUGAAUCUCAUCGUAUUUAUAUUGAGAAGGAUGGUCAGAUUAUUUCUCCUUUCCAUGACAUUCCUCUUUUUACCAACACUGAAAAGUCAGUUUUGAAUAUGGUCGUUGAAAUUCCUCGAUGGACAAAUGCCAAAAUUGAAGUUGCUACUGGAGAAGAGUUUAAUCCAUUGAAGCAAGAUGUCAAAAAGGGCAAGGUUCGAUUUGUUCGUAACUGUUUUCCAUACAAGGGAUAUUUGUGGAAUUAUGGCGCAUUGCCGCAGACAUGGGAGGACCCUACACAGUCUAACCCAGAUACGAAUGCACGUGGAGACAAUGAUCCGAUUGAUGUGUGUGAGAUUGGAGAGAAAUUGGGUGUAGCAGGCGAGGUUAAGGAAGUCAAGGUUCUUGGAGUGAUGGCUCUAUUGGACGAAGGAGAGACUGAUUGGAAGGUGAUUGCGAUUGACACAAAAGAUCCAUUGGCCAACAAAGUACAUGAUAUCAAGGAUGUCGAGACCCAUUUCCCGGGACUUUUGGACGCCACUUAUCGCUGGUUCAAGAUUUACAAGGUCCCUGAUGGUAAACCUGAAAACGAGUUUGCUUUUGAUGGUCAAUGCAAAGACAAGGCAUAUGCAAAUACCAUUAUUGAAGAGACACAUGAAGCCUGGCAAAAACUGAUCAAGGGAGAUACUCCCGCCAAGGCUGAUACACAUGAUUUGGCAGUUGCAAAUGUCACCAUUAAGGGUUCUCCAUAUACAACCAGCAGUAAAUCGAUCAAGCCUAGUCAAGAAGUAAAAAAAAGCAAUAACCCUGGAGAGGCCGAUAACAAGUGGUACUACGUUGGUUGA